AUUUUAUCUGAGACCUUUGAAUUCGGGCUGUGGCAACACAUAUCAUCAAGCACAGCCUGUUUCUGGUUCUUAUUGAGCUGCCAGAUCUAUCGAUCACACUAGACUCGCUGUAUUUGCUCAAGCUUGUCUACGACCUGGAGUGGAGACCCGGUCGUCAACCUCCUCAAGGCUCCGGACUAUGCGCAACGGAACAUCGCAGGAAACCUCUUUUGAGCAACUGACUCAUCCAGUGCAAUACUGAGGGUGUUUGGCGCCUUCUCGCAGAGGGUAUCAUCAUGACUCCCCGUGCAGAGCUGAGAACUCAGUUAUAAAUUUCGGUAUUCCGAACGGGCAAGACCUUGUACUGCUCACUGUUCAUCCACUCGACGACCUAUGACAACUGCCUAUCCUCACACACCCUCCUCGCCGUCUCUCAUCGCUUGCACCAACUGCCGCGAGCGGAAGACCAAAUGCAUCGCACCGGCAAACGUCCAGAACACCCAGCACCCGUGCGAACGUUGUGUUCGGAAGAGUUUACGCUGCCAAUAUGUAAUGAGCGCCGCUCGUCCGUCCCCGUAUGAUGCUUCAUCAGCAAUGUCUCCUUCUCCAUCGUCUCCUCGUCAACCUGCACCCGCGCUCCCGUAUACUGGCCCGCCUCCAACCGGCCACUCUCGGCCGCGAUACGCAGACGGACAAUACCCCAAUCUAUCCCUUAUUCGCGGGUCAAACCAGUCUCAGUCGCAUCAUGCCUUCACGGCGCAUGCGGGACAUCCUCCUCCCAACUAUGCAACGCAUUAUCCGAUGGCAGGUGAAUAUGACAAUUGGGGCACACAGGCUACGGUCCCGACGCAGUUUGUUCCGAUGCCAUUC